UGUAAUUAUUUGAGUGAGGAUAAUAGGCUGAGAUACCGUAUUACUGAAUGCCAUCCUCAAUUUGAAUGCCAAUGCCCUAGUGUUUCGCCGGACCGCACCAAAACUAAAAGGUUCCGGAACCGGAACCGGACUGAAAUAUUGACCUGAUCCGGAACUACCCCUAAAACCAAAAUUUUUUAGGAUUGGGAUGUAAAAGAUAUUAUUUGGGAAGGCUUUCAUUGGAUCGCCACAAUGCUACAACUUCUAAAAAUUGUUAUUAUUAUUGCUUUACCGGUGUUUUUCAAUUUUGUUACAAGCGGUAUUAGCGUUUUGCGUUCAAAACGAGGGUCUGAACGAAAUGACUGGAUGACUGAGAGCGUAUCGACUGAAUCCGACGAAGGGAUGACUCCCUCUACAAUCUCUACCGGUGAUUUUGUUUUUGUAGGUGACAUGGUUUUUGAAAAGAAAAGCGUGGCAGAUGAAAGCUCUGAGGAGGAAGGUGUGCAAAAAAGCGUGAUUAGAAAUAUGAGCAGGUAA